CGCUGUCCGCCUAACUGAAAAACAUCAUGAUAAAAGCUUGAAUGAAGUGUUUCACAGGACACCGCAGGUUCUGUUCGACGCGUUCGUAUCUGAUAACUCACCGUCGGGCUGCUAACAAAGCUGCUAACAGACAUCGGCACAGAAGGGUUUGAUCUGACAUCUGUGAACGCACAAACAUGCCAGCCUUCAGACAAGUGGGGGAGAAGCAGCUCCCUAACCCCGUACUGUGCAUGGCAUGGUCUCCCAAAAGGGAUCUUAUUGCUCUGGCAAACACAACUGGAGAGUUAUUGCUCCAUCGCUUGGCUAGUUUCCAGCGUGUUUGGAGCUUACCUCCCAUUGAGUGCACUGGGAAAGAGAUCUCUGCACUUGCCUGGCGCCCUGAUGGAAAAAUCUUGGCGUUCAGCCUCAGAGACACCAAACAGGUGGUUCUAUGUGGUGUCGAGAAAGCGGAGAUCCUCCAUGUGUUUCCAAUGCAGAACGCUGUCACCUGUAUGCACUGGAUGGAGGUGACAGAGGAGAGCAGUGCCCUCAGCUCCUUCUACAACUCAGAAGAUGAAUCCAAACUGUUUCUUCCCAAAUUACCAACACUUCCAAAGAGCUACAGCACAACUUCAAAGAUCUUCAGUGAGGAGAAGUCUGAUGAGAUCAUGAAUCUGCUGGGAGAAGUCAGGCUGAACAUUCUCGUUCUUGGAGGAGACUCCGGCUCUGUGGAGCUUUAUGCCUACGGGAUGUACAAGAUCGCCACUUUAACCGCAGUAUCAGGAACCUGCCGCAGCCUCAGUCUGUCCAGUGAUCUUAAGUCUCUGUCCAUCAUCGCAGAAGUCCGGUCUGCUGACAACAACCCAGAGAUCUGCUACAUUCAGCUGGACACCAGUUUGCUGUCAGACUGUCUGCCUGAGGUAACAAGGAUGGCGCGUAAAUUUACCCACAUCUCCACCCUGCAACAGUACCUGCACCUCUCCCUCACCUGUAUGUGUGAAGCAUGGGAGGACAUCCUCAUGCAGAUGGAUCUUCGACUCACUAAGUUUGUUCAGGAAAAGAACACAAGCACUCAGGUUCAGGAUGAGUUUCUGGAGCUUCUGCUGUGGGGACAGUCAAGCCCUGAGCUGCAGGCUCUUCUCAUGAACCAGCUGACUGUAAAGGGGCUAAAGAAGCUCGGCCAGUCCAUUGAGUCCUCUUACUCCAGCAUCCAGAAGCUGGUGAUCAGCCACCUGCAGAGCGGCUCUGAGGCUUUGCUGUAUCACCUAAGUGAGGUGAAAGGCAUGUCGCUGUGGAAGCAGAAGUUCGAGCCUCUCGGCCUGGAUUCAGAGGCAAUAGAAGGGGCUAUCACAGCCGUGGGCUCAUUUUCCCUGAAAGCCAAUGAACUUCUUCAGGUGAUCGACAAGAGCAUGAAAAAUUUUAAAGCCUUUUUCCGGUGGUUGUAUGUAGCGAUGCUGAGAAUGUGUGAGGAGCAUGUACCACCUGAACUCAACAAGAUGACUCAGAAGGACAUUGCGUUUGUAGCGGACUUCCUGUCAGAGCAUUUCAGUGAGAACGAAGAACUCUUUGACCGUAAAGGGAAAUACUUCAACGUAGAGCGUGUCGGUCAGUACCUGAAGGAUGAGGAUGAUGACCUGGUGUCUCCACCCAACACAAAAGGAAACCAGUGGCUGAAGUUCUUACAGGAGAGCACACACCUGAAAGAGAGCCCUUUGCUGUUCCCUUCGUAUCCCCAAAAGUCUCUGCACUUCGUCAAGAGGAUGAUGGAGAACAUGAUUGAACAGUGUCUUCAGAAACCAGCAGAAGUAAUUGGAAAGUCUGUAAAGCAGUCAGUCUUUCUGCCCCUGUACACCGUCCCUGAGAGCCCUGAAAACACUCCUCGACUUUUUGAGCUGCCGUCCUUGUGGAACGACAAGAAAGCCAAAAUGCACUAUGUUCUGUUCUGCAUGCCGGAGAUUUCUCUCUCCAAGCUGUACCUGCUUCGCAAACCAACAGACCCUAACAGAAAUAUUCCAAACACUGUUGUAUCGAUUGAUCUCAGCCACCAUCUUGACAAUGCUGAUGAUGACAACACUGCAGCCCAACCUAGCUGUGUGUACAGCUGCCUGGAUGCUCGGUUCUAUGACGAUGAGAUGCUAACUGUGGUCCUUCAAAGCUCAGAGGAGCAGAACAAGAGGCGUAUACUGGCUCAGCUUCCUCUGGCUUCCACAAUGAGCUGUGAGGCCGAGUUCAAGUGGGAGCCGAAUAUGAGGUUGGACCAGCAGAGCGGCGCUGUGCCAUGCCAAAGCCUGGUGUUGGGGAAUCAGUGGCGUGAGCUGGAGAGCAUGAAGGCUCAGUUCGUGGCUGUCAAUGGAAUCCGCAAAGUGGCCUGUGUGCUAAGCGCCAAUCUGCGCCACAUCCGUGUUUUUGAGAUGGACGUUGAAGAUGAAGAUGACGAGGGAGCUGAAUCGCAGAACACCAGCGCUGAUCAGGACAUGCUGGACACCACGAUGAGCAGCACAGGGCAGGGAGGAGAGGAGCACGCUGAGGCUGAGGCGGACGCUGGAGGGCAAACAGGGCAAACAGGGGGUGUGCUUCAAAACACUGAGGAGCGUCUCGAGUCAGAGGAAGCUCUUGAACUCUCCUAAGACUGCCGUACAGAAACAAGCUAAAAAAAAUACAAAGAUAAAAAAAAUCUAUUUUUAGCUUAUAGCCUAAGGUUUGUCAAUAGCUUGAAUGUCACUUUUGUAUGAUAAUAAACAGACUUGUUCUGA